CUAUCUCAUGGAGAUACACCUCCAAUAUCUAUUACAUUUAUAAUUUUGUUUAAUGAUAGUCCUGAUUAUAUAUAAUUCAUGAUCUGGACUUUGACAUUUUGUGCACACAUAAUUGUGUAAACAUUAUUGCAAUUCACUGCAAGUUUGAUGAAAUAUCAGAGAGUUCAGAAUCUAAUUUAUUCUGGCAGUCAAAGCAAACAUUUUCUAUCUGUACCACUUAAAAUACUUGCAUGUAGAUUCCUGGUUCUAUUGUGGUAACUUGGGUUUUCCCAUCUAGGGUAUUUCUGGCAGUUUUCAUAAGGUGUGGUGCAUUUCUAAAGGAAGUACAUUCUUUGGAUGGAGUCUGCUGGAUACACUUCUGUACUGAAAUGCAAACUAUAGAAUUUACAAUUUGGAGAAGCUUGAUCCGAAACAAGUGCAUGGAUGUGCAAUCACAACAGAGAAGAAGGAGGUCUCCAGAAGAAAAUAUGUGUGUAACUCACAGAGACAUAGACUGAAGGAGAAGAUUUGGCAGACGAUAUUGCUACUGUUGCCAUGUAUUUGUCUUCAAACUGCUGAAGUGAUUUUCCCACCAAUUCUUGAAUGUCUUGUUAUGGACAACCAGCCCUCAGUCAAGUAUUUCCAAGAGUGGGUGCUUAUCCUGUUGAUGGAUCGCUUUCCAGAGUUUCAGGAGAGACUAUGGUGUCUGUUAAAGAAGGUAACACAAACAGAAGAUUGGAACAGAAACCAGGUGUGUUCCCUAUUGACCAUCCUCACUCACCUGGGAAUAAUAAUGGCUGAUAUACAACAAAAGGCUGCAUUCCUCCAACAAGCCCUACCUCUAGUCCUAUCAUUCUGCUUGUCAAAGAACUUCUCUAUCCAGCUUUAUGCUCAGGCAGCGCUGUCAAAAUUGUGGGCAGAGUGUGAGUCAUCUAGCCUAGAGGAUGUAAAAGCAAUGUACCCUGCAGUUGCUGCUUGUGUUCAGUUUCAGAAUUCUAGUAGUGUACAUUUUAGUAUCCUGGACAGAUUACAAGCCAACUUCUUUCUUCUGAAAUUUCAUCCACAACUUGACUGCAAUUUUGAGACCAUAUUCUACACAAUCCCAUAUCUUACACUGAUGAUGCCAGAACAGUUGAUUCCUCCAGACAUCUUUUUAGAAGAAAAUGCUACAUUGUGGGCUAGGACUGAUUUAUCAUACAGCCUGAAAGCAUCAUGCGAUAGGCAGGGAUUACGGGAGCUAGGCCCAGGAACAUGGAAAGCAACCAAAGUGAAGCAUAGUCAUCAGAAAGUAAGUGAUGAAGAAGUUGCUGAUGCCACAAGCACAGAUGAUGUUCAAAAGAAAAUCAUGCCAAAAGCAGGUGAAUCGAUACCUGGACUGGAUGUUGAAUCCAUUCAAACAACAAACCAGAACAGGAGCAAACUUAUCCUUGUCACAUCCCUUGUCAACAAGGUUCCAAAUUUAGGAGGUCUUUGUCGUACCAGUGAAAUAUUUAGUGUUGGUACUGUUGUCUUGCCAAACCUUCUAUUAACUGAAACCAAGGAGUUUCAGAAUUUGAGUGUGACUGCACAAAAGUGGCUAAACAUUGAAGAAGUUCGCCCAUAUGAGCUGAAAGAGUAUAUCAUGAAGAAGAGGCAUGAUGGUUACUUGCUUAUUGGGUUGGAGCAGACCGCAAACAGCAAAAGCCUCACAGAAUUUACAUUCCCUCCAAAAACAUUAAUUUUACUUGGAAAUGAGAGAAGCGGAAUUCCAGUCGAGCUGAUAAAUAUUUUAGAUGUCUGUAUUGAAAUCCCACAGCUUGGAGUGUUGCGCUCCCUCAACGUUCACGUCAGUGGAGCGCUCGCAAUCUGGGAGUACACUAAACAGUGUAUGAUGCCAUAGGCAUCCAUUCAUCAUAUUUAGUCUAGUUGUUGGACAGUUGAACUGAAGAAAAUGCGGUAAAAACGUAUAUUUUUACAUUAUUAGAAGUGCAGUUUCUAUGAUACAGUAAUAACAUAUCCAAAAUCAGUCAAAUCCAUAUUCGUAAAAAUUACUAUGAAUGUUUGAAUUCAUAUUAUUUACAUAAUAUUUAAUAUUUUGACAAAAAAGUAUUGUUAGACAUAUUUUCUUCUUUUUCAAUUACACUUUACACUUUAGCUUAGACCACCAAGAAAAAAAAACAAUUAAGAAUCUAAGGCCACAUGAAAAAUGACUACAAUA